AUGACCGCUACAAAAGCGAGCUGUGUUGUCCCAACCACCCUGGUCCAUCAGAUCACGAUCCUAGCAAAACGAUGGGAGACAUACUAUAUCCCUCACACUUGCCCGGCUGGAACGGUCAAGGUGGCCGGCGCCUUGCUCCGCUACUCCACCCUCCCCAACGAACCCGAUCACAGUGUGAAGCUGUGUUCGAACUGGCCCGUUGAUCCGAAGUACUUGUGGCAGAAGUACUAUAAUGACUCUAAGACGUCAGAUGUUGUUUGGAAGUACAGUGACGACUAUCAAAACAACGACCAAGACGACGAACGCUCCACAGAAGAGGACAGCAGCGAUGCAUAUGGCUUUGUUAUGCUUGACGGGCCGAAGGCUCGAUUGAUAGCGACUUUGCAGCCAGUCACACCGUUGUCCGUCGCUCACGACAUACUCUCAAGACCAAGUGAUCACUCUAUUUCCUCUUCGGGACUAGCCAUCUGA